CGGAAAAUAAAUACUCGACAACGGAGCAAGUAUCGGGUUCAGGCAAACGGGUCAAAAUAAUUUUUAAUGGGACUUUAUCAAGUUCAAAAUUGAAGCGGGUUGAUCCGAUAGUUUGAAAUCUCGCCGGCUCGCGUAAAGCUCUACAGAUUCCGUUUGUUCCUGAAGCGAACGGUUUGGAUUGUGAUCGGAAAGUGAAGGAAGAGAUGGAGGAGUAUCUGCAGUGUAUGAAGACUCUCCGGUCUCAAAUGACUGAUGUGGAGGAUCACGCGGCGAAGGUCUCCGUCGAGGAACAGAUGCAGAUUACCACAAUCGAUACCUUGCAGAAAGAUCUCGAUCAUGCAUUGUCUGAGACAAAGAGACUCAAAGAAGAGACGGAUCAGAAGACGAGGACUAAAGGCGAACUGUGCUCACAGAUACUUGGAAAGCAGAGAAAGAUUUCGUCAAUGGAAUCUGAUUCAGCAAAUCUUGCACAGAGUCUGGAGCUUAUCCUACAAGAACGAGACAGUAUAUCUGCAAAGCUUGUAUCCAAACGUUCUAACUAUAUAAAGACUGCAGAGGAAGCUAAAACCAAACUAGAGGAGCAGAAGGGCUGGUUUGUUUCCCAUAUGAGCAAUGAAACUGGCCAACAAAGACAGAAAGAAAAAUCAAGGAAAAACCUGAUGGAAUUAUCAGAUUCUGCUAGAGCAAAGCUUGAUCAAGCAAAACAGAUGAGAUCCGAAGUUAUCCAGGAAAAUUCCAAGAUCAAGCUAUCAAUUGAGAAUGUGAAGAACAAGAUUAAUGAUUUCAAGCCAGAGUUAAUGUCAUUGGAUAUUAAGAUUCUAGAAGAGGAAUACACAGCUCUCUUGUCAGAUGAAUCUGGAGAGGCAGAGUACCUACACUCGCUGCAGAGUCAGGCUGAGAAACUGAAGGAGAUUUCUUACAUUGCUAAAUGCGGUUGUGGAGAGAAAUACAGUGUUGGUCUACUCUAGGCCAAAGUCAUGCAUGCAUAUUAUCACCUUUCAGGUAUAUGAAUAUGUGAACACAUCGAGAACCAAAUAAAGUUCUUGUUUAGUUUGUUGAGAUACAACUUCAAUACUGUCUUGUUGAAGUAUAUAAAGUCUCACAGUUGGCAGAGAAGAGCACUUUCUCUAACAUUCCGUUUAAAUAUAUAUAGAUAUGUCGGAUAAGAAGCAGCAAGCAAUAUGAACCGUGAUUGUCAUCACAUUCUUGAUAACGUGUACUUAAAUAGUUUGUGAAAAUCUAAAUCUAUAGCUGAUACACAAUGUCAGAAGACGAACUUGCAGCUCGUACAAACUUACAAUUUGGGGGAAACUUUGUCAAAUUAGAGAAAAGAAAAAUGCAAUAGAACUGGUUUCUUUUGUUUCCUAAGCAGCAAGUAUUAUAAGUCACUCCAGGUUCAGGCCAAUUACCAUCCGAUAAAGCGUAUAAAAUGUAUAUAAAGUUUAGAAUCGAUGGUGAGAGU